ACGCACAACUAUAUGUAUUGAGCUCAGGCUUAACCUUUCUGUUCAGCCGUUACAGUUGCGUGAUUGAAAUAUACAUGGGCGCGUAAAAUAAAAGAAAGUGAAGACGACGGUCGACGAUGGCUUCAAUUAUGGGCACGUUCACCUUGGCCAUGGCUGUAGAAAACCAACCUCCAUGUCGACAGUCGAAUCCAUCACCUGGUCCUCUCUCCAACAGGCGCAUCGCGUUCACCACUCCGGUAAACUAUGCCAAGAGGCUAGCUCAUCUCCUGGAGCUCCGCGGUUCCACCCCUCUCUGGUACCCAACCGUUGUCGUCGAAUCCACUCCACAAUGCAAAGCCUCUAUUAGAUCCGUACAAACUUCGUUGGAAUUCUUCUCCGCCAUCGCCUUCACGUCGCGAACCGGAAUCUCGUCCUUCUCUGAAAUCCUCGAUGAUCUCGAAAGGGAAGCGCCUCCGUUGUCCCGAAUUGGCGAUCUGUUCACGAUCGCCGCCCUCGGCAAAGACGCCGAGCUUCUAACAGAGGCCUUCAUCGCCAAGCUAUGCGAAAGCCCAGGUCGAAUCAGGGUUCUGAUUCCUCCCGUUGCAACUCCAUCGAGCCUCGUCGAAUCGCUCGGUCCCGGAGCGGGGCGCAGAGUUCUCUGCCCAGUUCCACUCGUGACCGGAAUUGAGGAACCCCCGGUGAUCCCCAAUUUUCUUCGGGACCUCAGGUCCAACGACUGGGUUCCUGUCAGAGUUGCGGCAUACGAGACGAGGUGGGCGGGACCGAGAUGCUCUGAGGGGUUGGUGAGAAGCAAAGAGGGUUUAGAUGCAAUAGUGUUUACGAGCACGGGAGAGGUAGAGGGGAUGCUUAAGAGCUUAAGAGAGAUGGGGUUUGAGUGGGGAAUGGUGAGGGAGAGAUGGCCGGGGUUGAUUGUGGUUGCUCAUGGGCCGGUUACUGCUGCUGGGGCUGAGAGGUUGGGGGUUGCUGUUGAUGUUGUGGGGUUCAGUUUUGAUAGUUUCGAGGGUAUCGUUGAUGCUCUAGUGAUGAAGUGGGGAGCUCUGAAGAAAGCCGAUAAAGGAAUUUAGUACUUGACAGUGUGGCCCGUAGGUAACUAACGCGUUUCUGUGAUGGAGUCGUUGAAGCUGUGGCUAUUAAAUAAGGAGCUUUGGAGGUCUAUGGUUCAGUAUUUUGCUUUGUAGUUCUAUAAAAAAAAGGGAUAGUUGAAACGCUUGACUAAAGUUUGGAUUUUGGAGAAUUAAGAAAAGACAGAAUCGGGUGAUAUGUUGGUGUGGGUUCUGGACUUCUCGGUUUCAUAGUAUUGGUGGGUUCGUUGAAGCUAUUGGGCUGAAAUGGGGAGCUUUGGAUGGAAAGCAGAACCCGAUGGGGAAAGUGCAAACUAAAGUGAGAAGCAUGGUAUUACACCUGUUUGACAGUAUGACUACUCUGGAUCAAUCCCAAUGUCACCAUGAAUAUGUCGUAAAGAAAAAAUAUGGCUAAAGCCAUCUCGGAAACUGCAUCUCUAUGGAUCAAUCCCAAUGUUUGGCACUUUGACUAAGGUGAUGCUUGCUUGAAAGGGAGAAAGCUUGCCAGAUUAUCUCUUCCCUCUGUGUAACAGAGACAAUCUUCAAAUCAUUUGUCUGUUCUGUGUGAUUAUUCUUAAGGCAAUUCUUUUUCUUGUUGCUGCCCAACUUUGGUUAGGAAACUUCUUAGGUGGCUGGAAAAUACAAGGCAUGUCUAAGAAAGGGAGCAUGCUGGGCAGUGGUACCUCUAGCAGUCAUGUGGGCUCUAUGGCAGGAGAGGAAUGGUAGAAUAUCUGAUCAGAAGGCCAAUUCUGAGGAGGUGGUUAAUAACAUUUCAGUGGAUUUGAUCAAGAUCUCGAUUUCAAAUCUUAAAUCUUUUGCUGGAGAGAAUUUUUCAUCUUUUUUGAGAAUAGACUUUUGGGGGUCCUUAAAGGGUGUAUAUGGUGUACAGAAUCUCUUUGUAUAGAAGAGCAUGUAUACUUUUAUGAUAUAUGUUUACUUUUUCAAAAAAAAAAAAGGAAUUCUAAUUCACCUACUAGGAUCAAAUUAAGCUUCAUAAACCAAACAGGUCCUUUAUAACUUGCAGCUAACUUCUACUUGCUAAAUAUACCUAUUAAUAUUCUAUUUACCACAGAAACCUACUUCUGACCUAAAUUGGUAAAUCACUAUUUUUUAUAUGAACACAAGUGAUAGAUGGUUUACCUAAUAUGAACCCACUUUUCUCCUUGUCAAGUCCAUGUGUAUUUAAUGUCAUUAACAGUGUUGAAUUAUUUGAACUCUUGGUGAGAAUUGAAACCGUGGACUAUCAAAUGGAGCAAACUCUUGAUUGUAAAGGCAAAGUAUGUGUGACAGGGGCAUCAGGUUUCCUGGCCUCUUGGCUUGUUAAGCGACUACUCUUGUCAGGAUAUCAUGUGAAAGGAACGGUUAGAGAUCCAGGGAAUGACAAGAAAGUAGCACAUUUAUGGCAACUGAAAGGAGCAAAAGAGAAACUUCAAUUGGUGAAGGCAGAUCUAAUGGAGGAAGGCAGUUUUGAUGAUGCCAUCAUGGGAUGUGAUGGUGUCUUCCACACUGCUUCACCUGUGAUUGGACCUAUCUCCGACCCCAAGGCUGAAAUCUUAGAUCCAGCUAUAAAAGGCACCUUAAACGUCUUGAGGUCAUGCAAGAAGAAUCCAUUCCUCAGACGUGUGGUACUCACAUCAUCUUCUGCAGCUGUGAGAGUUCGAUAUGAUUUUGAUCCUAAGAUACCUUUGGAUGAGUCGUCGUGGAGCUCGGAGGAACUCUGUGAAAGGCUUCAGGUUUGGUAUCCAUUGUCAAAAAUUCUGGCUGAAAAGGCAGCAUGGGAAUUUGCCAAAGAAAAUAACGUCAACCUAAUUACUGUUCUCCCGUCUUUCGUCAUUGGGCCUAGCUUGCCAUUCGACUUGUGCUCUACUGCUUCUGACAUCCUUCAUUUACUUAAAGGUGACUCGGCAAAAUUCUCAUAUCACGGAAGGAUGGGUUAUGUUCAUAUCGACGAUGUAGCACUCUGCCACAUCCUUGUUUAUGAAAACAUCAGCGCUCAAGGAAGAUACCUCUGUAGCUCAAAGGUCUUGGAUAACAUUGAAUUAGCAUCCUUGCUAGCAAAGCGCUAUCCGUUGCUACCCAUUCCUAAGAGGUUUGAUUCAGUUUUUGGCGAUAGGCCAUACUAUGAAUUCAACACCUCAAAGUUGGAAAGCUUAGGUUUCAAGUUCAAAAGUAUUGAAGAAAUGUUUGACGACUGUGUAGCGUCACUCAGAGAGCAAGGCCAUCUCUAGGCUCUAGGCUCAAACUAGACCAAAAACGCCACUAACUGUUACUGUUGGAAUGGAAGUUGUGACAAUAAAAAUCCUUUCAUUGGACUUCUGUUUGUAUUUUAACCGGUAUUGUCAGUAUGCCAUAAUUGUCAUUUUGUUUCAAAAUCAUCUAUCUACACAGUUCGGAUCUCCUACCCACAGGACGUCGCAACCACAUUUGGAGAACAUUUCCUCUACUUGUAUGUAAUUAGAGGCUGAAUCGGCGCACUGGUCUCACAGCAUAUCGCAUUGGGAACAUCUUCUAUACUUGUAUUUAUCAUUCAUGGGGAGAUAUUCCUAAUACAUGGUGGGAUGUGAUUGUGAGGUCAGUUUGAAAAACAUUCUGUGAGGAUCAGAUCCUAAUUCAUGUAAUCAUGCAUGGGGAGAUGUUGUCAAUGCAUGGCCAUAGAGAUUCCAAUUGUUA